CUCCUUAGUUACAGCUUGAUAAAGGUUUCAAGAUGGGACUUGCUCACAAUAUCGUCGGCAUUAUCGGGAAUGUCAUCUCUUUCGGUCUCUUCCUCUCGCCACUGCCAACGUUUUACCAAAUACAUAAGAAGAAGGCAGUGGAGGAGUUUCAGCCAUAUCCCUACUUGUGCACAGUGAUGAACUGCGUAAUCUGGGUGUUCUAUGGUCUCCCCAUUGUUAAAAAAGACAAUAUAUUAGUGUUAACCAUCAAUAGCGUCGGCCUUGUCAUUGAACUUCUCUACUUAACUGUCUACGUCGUUUAUGCUAAUGAUCGCAAGAAAAGGGUUCGUGUUGGGUGUAUCCUCCUCUGUGAAGCAGUUUUGACAGUAAUCCUUGUGACGGUGGCAAUGCUGUGGUUGCACAACCAUAGAGUUUUAUUCGUGGGAAUAACAGCAGAUAUUUUCAACAUUAUCAUGUACGCUGCACCUUUGGCCAUAUGGAAAAAGGUUUACGAUACAAAGAGUGUGGAGUACAUGCCUUUUUGGCUCUCACUUGCGGGCUUGUCUAAUGGCAUCUGUUGGACCAUUUAUGGCCUUCUCCAGUUUGACAUCUUCAUCCUGGUUUCCAAUGGGCUAGGAUCUGUCUUCGGGGCAGUUCAGCUGGGUUUAUAUGCUUACUAUUACUUUAAUGGAACUAAAGAACAAGUGAAGAAGCCAUCACAGGUUCAGCUCUCUAAUCGACCGAGUGGAGCAGCCUGA